AUGCUGGUCUAUUUUGAUGAUUUAAUAUCCAUUUGUUCACAGCUUUGUUUGCUGGCAAAAUGCUUUAAGCCUGCCCUUCCAUAUCUUGAUGUGGACAUGAUGGACAUCUGUAAAGAAAAUGGGGCCUAUGAUGCAAAGCACUUUUUAUGUUACUAUUAUUAUGGAGGGAUGAUCUAUACUGGGCUGAAGAACUUUGAAAGAAGGCGCUAUGUAAGUGAGAGGCCUCUUAGCAAUGCAUACCACGAGUUAGCACAAGUUUAUUCAACCAAUAACCCCUCAGAACUCCAAAACCUGGUGAACAAGCACAGUGAAACUUUCACUCGAGAUAACAACAUGGGACUGGUGAAGCAAUGCUUGUCAUCUCUUUAUAAGAAGAAUAUUCAGAGGCUAACAAAGACCUUUUUAACACUAUCAUUACAAGAUAUGGCAAGUCGUGUGCAGUUAUCUGGACCUCAAGAGGCAGAAAAAUAUGUUCUACACAUGAUAGAAGAUGGCGAGAUUUUUGCAAGUAUUAAUCAGAAGGAUGGUAUGGUCAGUUUCCAUGAUAACCCUGAAAAGUAUAAUAACCCAGCUAUGCUUCAUAACAUUGAUCAGGAGAUGCUGAAGUGCAUAGAGCUGGACGAGCGGCUAAAGGCCAUGGACCAGGAGAUCACAGUGAACCCCCAGUUCGUGCAAAAGAGUAUGGGCUCGCAAGAAGAUGAUUCAGGAAACAAACCAUCCAGUUACUCUUGAAACUAACAUCCAUCCUGAGUUAAGCAAGAGAAACUAUCACCUUGGCCAGUGGCAAGUGUUAGGAGGGCAGCAGGGAGGACCACGCCUGUGUCACCUGGACAUUAAGAAAUUAAAUUUUGUUUUGACGUCUUUAGUCCUAUGUGCUUUCAGAAAACCAUUCUCUCUGCAAAGAAAGGAAAAAAAAUUUCAAACUUUAAAAUCUGUCGUGGAUUUAUUUAUCCUCAGAUUAUUGUUGUUACUGCAUUAAAUUUACCUUUCAAGCAAUUUAAAUUGCUUGAACA